AUGUUGGCGAGAAGACUCAUGAACGUGGGUCGGGUGGCACCCUUCACUCGGGCCGUGGGCCUCCAAUCUGCACGGUUCGUGUCCACCAGCGAACUUACUCCCAAGGUCUUAGAUACCGACAUGGAGUUGUUGUCGCAAAAGACCGCGUCGUCUCCCGUGGACUACGCCCUUACUUCGCUUGACGCCAUUGCCAACUGGGCAAGAAAGUCCUCGUUCUGGCCCGUUACCUUCGGUUUGGCCUGUUGUGCUGUGGAAAUGAUGCACGUUUCCACCCCCAGAUACGAUCAAGAUAGAUUGGGGAUCAUUUUCAGAGCUUCUCCUCGUCAAUCGGAUAUCAUGAUUGUCGCCGGUACCGUUACCAACAAGAUGGCUCCUGCUUUGAGACAGGUGUACGAUCAAAUGCCGGACCCUAGAUGGGUUAUUUCCAUGGGCUCGUGCGCUAACGGUGGUGGUUACUACCACUACUCAUACUCGGUGGUUAGAGGCUGUGACAGAAUCAUUCCUGUCGAUAUCUACGUGCCUGGUUGCCCUCCCACUGCCGAAGCAUUGAUGUACGGGGUGUUCCAAUUGCAAAAGAAGAUGAUGAAGACCAGAAUCACUAGAAUGUGGUGGAGAAACUAA